GUAAAUCUUCCCUGCCCUGCAAAAGUAAUUGGAAUUAUUGAAUUAAUACUUGUUUUUGAAAGGAACUAGGCAUGCAAAUGUUUAGAUGUGUUCCUUGAGCUGUACUUUCAGUCAUUUUCUGAAAAUUUGACAAGUGAUCAUAAUUAGGUUAAGGCCUCCAUCUUGCAUCUGCAGACGACUUUCUCCAGGCAUGGGAUUAUCCACCGUGGAAGCUCAGGUGCGGGGAGCUACAAUCGUCUCGUGGCUGUGGCUUCUGACAGUGCUUCCUCGAGCGUACGGUCAGCAAUGUUUCGGCGGCACAGUCGCCUUCGAGAAGACCACGAGCUACGAGUUCUCCGAGACGUCGCAGCCUCUACUGCAGCAGCCUGAGUCCUCCAUCACGGGCCCCUGCAAGGACCUGUGCACAAACAGCGCCUCCUGCCAGUCCUUUCAAGUCGCGUACCAGCAGGACGCAUGCGUGUCGUUCGACCGGACGUCAGUGGGGCGACGCAACUCUCUGCUCCCUCGCCAGGCCUACAACUACUUCGAGAAAAUCUGUUUGCGCGGUGUCAACUACGAAGCGCUGUGCGGGUCGGACCGCCUGUGGGCGUUCGAGCGAGUGCCGGACUCGGUCCUGGACGGCUACGACAACAAGACCAUCCCGAGCGUCGACUCCCGCAACGCUUGUAUCGAACUCUGCCUCACUGAGCAGGACUUCACGUGUCGGUCAGCGGAGUAUGACACCGCGCGGCGAGUGUGUCGUCUCAGUCAAGACGAUCGCCGCACGCAGCCUGACGCAUUCCGGUACUCACCGGCCUCUGGCGUGGACUACUUAGAGAACCAGUGCGUCAGAGCUCUGCCCGAUUGCCGCUACGAGGUGAUGAACGACGUGAUGGUCGUCACCACGGAUCUCCUCGAGUUCGCGGACUCUCGCGCGUCCUGCGAAGAUUCCUGCGACAAGUCCCGCUCCUUCUAUUGCAGGUCCUACAGCUUUGCUGCCGCCACCAACAGAUGCUACUUGUCCGGCGACGACUCCAUAUCUCUGAACAACACGCGCUACACGGCCAUGCCAGGACUCAUCACUGGGGAGAAGAUGUGUACCGUCAGCCAGUGCGAGCGUGAGGGCGGCACCAUCAUCUACGAGAAGUCCACCUCCAUCGUGCUGAGUGGCGCACGCGAGACGCAGUACGCGCUGCAGGACGCCGCAAGGGCCAUCACCGAGAACUGCGCCGAGGCAUGUCUCAUGGAUGGUUCGGAGUGCCCGGCAUUCUCCGUGGACUACUCGAGCAUGCGAUGCUCCAAGCUGGACCGCAACUCGCAGGGGCGCGUCAACGCUCUCAUCAACCAGGAUAACAAAAAUUACUUCGAGAAGUCCUGUGUCAGAGUGAGCCUACCUACGAGCUGCAAGCGACGCGCCUGGCAGUUCGAGCGCGUCAUCGGCCGGGAGCUGCGCGGCAACAACGACCGCGUCAUCCCGCGCGUGGAAGCGCGGCGCGACUGCAUCGAGGCGUGUCUCAUGGAGCGCUCGUUCAACUGCCGCUCCGCUGAGUACGACACGGCGACGCUCGAGUGCCGCCUCAGCCGCAGCGAUCGACGCAGCUCUCCCCGCGACUUCUCCGCCUCCCCCUCGCCUUCUAUGGAGUACCUGGAGAACCAAUGUGCUCGAGAAGAGCAAGCGUGCCCCUACGUCGAGACGCCCAACGCGUAUCCGCGCUACCGGGACGCUCUGAUCUCCAACGUGGGGUCGGAAGCGGCGUGUGAGCGACAGUGCAGCGACUACAGCGCAUUCACCUGCCGCUCUUUUGCCUUCUUCUCCGUGGUGUCGCAGUGCUUCAUCUCAGGCGACGACAAGACGUCUGCAGGCAUCAGUAACGCGAUCGAGAACCGACCUGGGACGAACUACUUCGAGCGCAGCUGCGACUCUGGAGGUGGCGUUCCUGGAGGGGGCAUUCCAGGUGGUGGUACACCAGGUGGUGGAACUCCAGGAGGAGGCACCUCUGGUGGUGGAACUCCUGGAGGUGGUACGCCUGGUGGUGGUACGACUAAUGGUGGAACACCUGGUGGAGGAACAUCUGGUGGUGGUACGCCUGGUGGAGGAAUACCUGGAGGUGGUACGCCUGGUGGAGGAAUACCUGGAGGUGGUACGCCUGGUGGAGGAACACCUGGAGGUGGUACGCCUGGUGGAGGAACACCUGGAGGUGGUACGCCAGGUGGAGGAAGACCUGGAGGUGGAAUUCCUGGAGGUGGAAGACCUGGAGGUGGAAGACCUGGAGGUGGAAGACCUGGAGGUGGAAGGCCUGGAGGUGGAAGACCUGUAGGUGGACCUGACAUUUGGCCAGGCGGCUGGCCUGGGGGUGCUGUUGGACCGCCAUCAGGAUCAGGUGGUGGAUCAGGUGGUGGAAUUGGGGGCAGUUAUGGUGUGGGUAUUGGUGGCUAUGGAAGUGGAACUAACUCCUUGGGACCGCCAGGAGGCUUUUCUUUCUCAGCGAACCGAUGUCGCCUCGGCCGCCUCACCUACGUUAAGGUGACGGGCUACCAACUGGACCAAGUGCGAUCCUUCCUACUCUACUCCUCCCGCAGCCCAGGCAUCACGUCGGAGUGUUUGCGGCGGUGCAGCAACGAGCUGGAGUGCGUGGCCGUCAACUUGGACCACAACCGCUACGAGUGCAACGGCCUCGCUACCGCCGCGUCCUCCCAACCCGACGACCUCGUGCCCUACGCGGGGGCUGAUCACUACGAGGGCCUCUGUCUCAGCAACGGUGGUUGCGGUCUCAUGUGGACCUUCGAGCGCGUGCCGAACUUUGAGCUGCGCGGCCAAGAGGUGCACACCCUCGACAGGAUCAGCAAGGAUGACUGCAUGGACCGUUGUCUGAGCGAGCGUCGCUUUGAGUGUCGCUCGGUGUCCUACGAUUACGACACCAAAACCUGUCGCAUGUCCGAACACGACCGAUACUCCAAGCCCACCGCCUUCGUCGCCUCCCUCACCAGCGACUACAUGGAGAACCAGUGCACUAGACGAGCUACGGGAUGUUCCUACAUCAACAACCAGCGCGACCGCUUCCUCAUCUACGUCACCAAGGCCACGAACGUCUUCAGCGACCUCGCCUGCCAGAGGGCGUGUGAUCUCGAGACCUCCUUCAACUGCAGGGCUUACUCCUUCCUCAGUCAGCUGGUACUGUACCCACCUGCUGGUGGAGGAACCUUCACUGGAUCUGGUGGUUCUGGUGGUAGUUUUGGUGGAUCCGGUGGUGGCAUCGGUGGCUCCGGUGGCACCAUUGGAGGAUCUGGAGGAUCAGGUAGUAGUGGCUUUACAGGGACCGGAGGAAGUUUUGGAGGAUCUGGCGGCAGUUUUGGAGGAUCUGGCGGAAGUUUUGGAGGAUCUGGUGGCAGUUUUGGUGGAUCUUCAGGAACAGGAGGAAGUUUUGGAGGAUCCGGAGGUGGCAUUGGUGGAGCAGCUGGGGCAUUUGGAGGAACAGGAGGAAGUUUCGGUGGAGUUGGCUCGCUGCUUGACUGCCGCUUCUCGCUGACCUACGACAAGAUCAUGGGAGUCGACUUCCGAGGCGCCAGGAGAGAAGAAGUGGAGGCGCCUGACCAGUUGGGCGUGACCAUCGACUGUCUGCGCGAGUGUGACCGCCGCAGCGGCGCCUGCGCUGCCAUGUCCAUCGAGACAUCCCGGUCCUCCGCUCAGCGCUGCUUCGCCCUCGACCGCUCGGCCGCCGCCACCGGGACCGCGCUGUCGCCCGCACCAGAGGUCUCCUACUACGAGAAGGUCUGCAUACCUGAGCGCACGUGCGGCAAAGCAUGGACCUACGUUCGCGUGCCUGGCUACGACUUGGAGCUCCCGGGCCGUCUGGUGCCUAGCGUGCCUACGAGAACGCUCUGCCAGGCGCUGUGUCUGCAGGCUGUUGACCUGCCCUGCAGACUUGCUAAGAGACCUAAGCAGCCAUCACGCGUAGUUGUAGAGAGGUACAGGAUUGCAAAUCCUCCCAACUGCGAGUACAGCGAUCUAGAGGGCCGCUUCUUGCCAUACUUCGACCGCUUCUUUACCAACGUCUUCGACCGGGACGAGUGCCAGCGAUAUUGCGACGGAGAGCGAGACUUCUCCUGCCACAGCUACAACUACCAGUCCUUCAGACGCGAGUGUUCGCUCAGUGCCGACCACACGACCACCGUUGGCGGCCCAAACGCCCUGCUGGUGGACAGAGACUUCUUCUACUCGGAGCGCUCUACCUGCCGUACGGUUCGCGUGGACUGCACGCCGAGUGACAUGCUUGUCACCUUCACGUUCGGCGUGCCGUUCGACGGCCGAAUUUACGCGUCGGGCAACGCGCCCGCCUGCUUUGAGAUGGGCAACGGCCAGACGACCGUCACGCUCCGCCUGCCCAUCGGCUCCGUCUGCGGCACCGUGGAGCAGGCGAACGGCGUGUACGUGAACACGGUGGUGGUGCAGCAGCACCCGCUCAUCAUGCAGGACUCGGACCGCACGGUGCGCGUUGAGUGUUCAUUUGAGGCAGGCGAUCAGACCGUCAGCUACGCGCCCCAGGCCGUCGCCGGCCGCACUGGCGGAGGCAUCGACAUCAACGGCAAGGCGACCAUUCCAUUUACAUACGAUCCCGACCGGAGCGGUGUUUUCCGUCCUGGUCCGCUGGACAUCGUAAGCAACACGGCGCCCACGCCCAACGUGCGCAUGCGCAUCUACCGCGCCACGGGCAACGAAGCCAACAACGUCGACCUGGGCGAGCUGCUUACGCUGCGGAUUGAGAUGGAACAAAACUCGGCGUUUUCUAUUUUUGCCAGGAUGCUGGAGGCGCGCACUGAUCACGGAGAGACACUCAUGCUCAUAGAUAACAUCGGGUGCCCGCGCUACCGCGAGAUCUUCCCCGAGCUCAGCGUCGACGCGAGAACCAAGACGCUCUUCGCCAACUUCAAGGCCUUCAGGUUCCCAUCAACAGCGCGUGUCAACUUCGUCGCCACCGUCAGGUUUUGCCAAGACAAAUGUCUACCGGUGAACUGCGGCAGCGGCGUCGCAUCGUAUGGACGACGACGCAAGCGUAGCGCCACGAAUGGCACCGACACAGAGCAGCACCAGCAGCAGCAGCAUCAGCAGCAGCAUCAACAGCAGCAGCACCAACAGCAGCACGAGGAACAACCGCUGCACGACGAGCUUUUCACAAUCUCCAACGACAUCGUUGAGAUGGACGUUUCCACUACCACAGAGACGCUCGGUGCAAGCUUCGCUCCCGUUGGACCGCCUCGCGUGGGCGACCACACGAGACCCCAGUCCACGUCUCCAGCACCUGCCGUGACAGCCAGCAAGUCUACAGCGCACGACAGUCGUGAAGUGGCAACUGUGGGACUUGAUGCAAGUGCACCGCCUCACCUCGGCAAGUCCCUUUCAUCGCUGGGACUCAGUCCCCUCGUCCCCUAUGAUGAACAGUUGGAGGACAUCGCCCGAGGACCUCUCACGGACCCUGAGGAUCUGCUCCUACCGCGGGAUAUUCCCGUGUCGCUCUCGUUGACGGUGGGCGAGGACGCGUUCACCAGCCUACACGACCUGCCUCGGCACAGUAAGCUGGUCACGUCAGACGCGGUGUGCACGUCGCGGUCGACGUUCGCGCUCACCAUCCUCGCCUUCGUCUGCCUCGAGGUCGUCGUCACGAUCGCCUUCGUCGUCUUCUACAGGUCCAGGCGGAAGGCAUGGACGAAACUUAGCCCGGAUUCUCGCCCUUGUUUUCGACCCAAGGAGGUCAAAGGGUACGAACGGCGGCCAGACGCCUACCCCUCACUCAAGUAACCCCCGGCUCCCCCACCUCCCCCUCUCCCGCAGAGGCUUUUACUAAUAACUAAUAUUUUAACCAUCACCGUGCAGGAGAUUAAUUGGACCAACUAAUCUAGCUCUUAUUUAUUGCACUAAAAUAAUUGAGUCAGGUGACAACUGAGAAAUCGUCCGCUAGAGGGCUCUGUUUUAUAUUAGCUGAGUUAUAUGCAUUGCGUGGGCUUCGUCCGUGAAUAAGCUACGUUGUAAUGAAGUCUGGAGUCAUCAUCGCGGACAUGGAAGUUAAAGUUACUGAACAGGAACGUUCAACGUAGUGGCUGGCAUUUGAAAUAAUUAAACCUAGAGAUUAUGAGUGCUCUCUGACGCACAUUAACGCUGAAAUAAAAUGUACUGAAAGUUGAAAUUGGUUUUACUGAAAGGCUGAGCUUGACAAAUUCAGCGAUAAAGUUUGAUCUGGAACCUGUAAGUUACAACUUGAGACCAAGGCGUCGUAGACUUCAGAUGCCCGGAAUAUAACAUUUCUUGAGCAGGCUACAUGUAACGAUUUAAGUACCUCGGGCAUCAACAUUCCUUGUACCUAAACUUGAGUAUUGUGUUGCUCACUUUAAGUACCCAAACUUAAGUACUGCGUGUUUCAAUUGUCCUCAGUGAGUAUUGCUACUAUUUCAGUGGCUCAUCCGUCGUCAUUCGAUUCCGUCUCUUGAAUUUGUGCUGAGAUUUGAGUUAUUUGAAGUCAUAUGUUCAUUGUUGGCUGAAGCUCUCAACGUCAAGACUGAGGUCAAUGAAACAAUAAAUGUUCGUUAUCUCAAUAGCUUCUUUAUCUCGACUGAAAUUCCUGGAUUUUAAAUUCUCUGGACAUGUAUCCCUUUGAUCGUUUUGUUCGAAUUGUUUGUAAUGAAUUUAAAGGUCUACCUCGCACGCUUCUUGAUCGUGACGAGGUCUACCUUGCACGCUUCUUGAUCGUGACGAGGUCUACCUCUCGCGCUUCUUGAUCGUGACGAGGUCUACCUUGCACGCUUCUUGAUCGUGACGAGGUCUACCUUGCACGCUUCUUGAUCGUGACGAGGUCUACCUCUCGCGCUUCUUGAUCGUGACGAGGUCUACCUUGCACGCUUCUUGAUCGUGACGAGGUCUACCUUGCACGCUUCUUGAUCGUGACGAGGUCUACCUCUCGCGCUUCUUGAUCGUGACGAGGUCUACCUUGCACGCUUCUUGAUCGUGACGAGGUCUACCUCGCGCGCUUCUUGAUCGUGACGAGGUCUACCUCUCGCGCUUCUUGAUCGUGACGAGGUCUACCUUGCACGCUUCUUGAUCGUGACGAGGUCUACCUCCCGCGCUUCUUGAUCGUGACGAGGUCUACCUCGCACACUUCUUGAUCGUGACGAGGUCUACCUCUCGCGCUUCUUGAUCGUGACGAGGUCUACCUUGCACGCUUCUUGAUAGUGACGAGGUCUACCUCCCGCGCUUCUUGAUCGUGAUGAGGUCUACCUCUCGCGCUUCUUGAUCGUGACGAGGUCUACCUCGCGCGCUUCUUGAUCGUGAUGAGGUCUACGUAGACACAUCGGUGAGCAGGUUAGCGGCAGACCCACUCUCGUUCUGCGCUAGUCUUUACUGGGACUAGCGCGUAGAAUGCAGGUUUGAGGCCACUUGCUUGUUAAUUUAAAUGUUAACAAAUUGGUAUUUGUCACACAACUGGGAGUGCGAUGCUUGAGUGUGGCUCUAUAUCGUGGGAUAGGAAUGUAUGUAUUGGGGAUGAUGGAUGAUUGAGAAUUUGUACAUCAGUUGUUUUGAAGCGAUGUAUAAUAUCCUGUUUUAUUUUCUUUAUACGAACAUACGAAUCAUGAAAGAAUGCUUGUGUUAGUUAUUUGAUGAUACAGUGUAACCAACAUGGGCUAGGUUAUUCGAUUUUCAUGUGUUUGGAAACAUUAUUUAUCGAAAGAUAGAAGUAUUAUUAAGCUUUAAUAUUUCGAUAAAUAUGCUUAAGCUAUUGUUCACGAUUAAGCAGUCGGAUUCCUAAAUCGGUAUUUCUGUCAGUUGUGCCCAUCACAGUCACCACGUUUUGACGUUACUUUCCUCUAUCAACAUUUUAUUUUUUCUAAUUAAUUUUAAUCUUGAGUUUUAAUUCAGGUCAGAAAUGCUUUUGAUAAAAUUGGACUUUGCAAACGUUGCAAAUGAAUAUUGUUGUAAAAUUACUGCGGGAAAGCUUCAGCGAUACAUUUUCGAUAAUAUUAUUUCUCUGUCUAAACUACAGUUCAGCGAAAUUUAUCGAAGCUAAUUCAUCAAGUGUUAUCUCUACCAAGGGAUGUUCUCUAACCCUUGAAGUUGUUCUCUUGACCAGGUGGCUUGUGUUCACACCGUUGCUUCCAACGUUAAAUGCAUGUAUGACUUUCCCUUGGAGUGGUCCACUACCUUGAAAAUGAUGAUACGCGUGUCUUGUAUGCUUCAGCGUUCGAUGAUAAAACAUGCGUUAGAUUUUAUUCUGUAACUUUACACUGAAUUUUUUAAUUACAAAACGAUCGAAGCAA